AUGGCCCCUAAACCAGCCGAGCAGAUACGACAUGAACUAGUUUUCAGUGAAUUCUAUAACGCACCGGCUAAGUUCUGUCCUGAAGGGAGUUUAGAUAAACUCAUGGAAAAGGAGUUCAUUUUGCGGGCUUUGUCAAAGCGGCCGGCUAACAUUAGCCCCGAACGCUUGGAAAAAACCACAACAUUUAUCUCAGAGAAAGCUCGAAGAAUUUUCGCUAUCUGGAUCUCGAUCGGCUUCAGAUACAAGCUCUAUGAAGUGAUGGAGCUUUUUAUGAACAACAAAGCCUGUGACGCCGGGCUGCCCUUUACAGAAAAAGAGUUAUCUAAGAUUACUGUUGAGUCGUUGCAAGAUGAUGAAGACUAUUGCGAAGCCGUCGAUGUCACCAACUUCUUACUAAGGCAGUGGGAGUUUUGCGCACCAGUGUUUUCUGCAGAGAAAGAGAAUCACGAUGUGGACGAGAAGGCAAUCUUACCCUUCACUGAAAAACAUUCAACAACGGCCAGAGAAGGAGCGUUUGGCGAAGUUAUGAAGUAUGCCAUACAUAAGUCUCACAUCCAUACUGAAAAAUUGAACAUCACUGACAUAUAUGACCUGAACAAGAUGCCCAGGCCCAAGUAUGUCGCAGUUAAACGGAUCAAGCUAGAAGCUCGAGAAGAUAAGGAAAUAAACAUUACUGGCUGGGAGAAAGAAGUAAGGGCGCUUUGGAAAAUGAGAGAGUUUAACCAAGAGCACAUCGUCAAGUUCAUCACAGCCUUCCGCCGGAAGGAUGAGCACUAUUUGAUCCUCGAAUGGGCCAACGGUGGGAACCUCAGAAAUCUCUGGGAGAGUUUUAGGCGCGAGCUGUCUCCUGAGCUAAUUAAGGACGCUUUUGGGCAGCUUCUUGGUCUAUCUGAGGCACUCAGUCAAGUUCAUCAGCCUGAGCUCAAAGACAAGUGGCCAAAUAGACAUUUUCGCCAUGGGGACCUGAAGCCAGAGAACAUUCUUUGGUUUAGGGAUUCGAACGACCCAAGGAAAAUAGGCACGCUUAAAAUUGGCGACUGGGGUCUUGCUAAGCAGCAUCAGGAUCUGACUCAGGUGCGGACCAAGAAGACGUCCACAGGUUUCGGAACACGCCUCUAUGAGCCACCAGAAGAGGUCACCGUCAAGAACAACAAUCUUUUGGUUCCGGAUCCGAAGGAUCCCAAUGGUAAAACUGCCAGGAAGCGAUCUAGACUUUAUGAUGUCUGGGCAAUGGGCUGUAUCUGGUUCGAGUUCUUGGUCUGGCUUAUGUAUGGCCAAGAUGGCUUAGCGAGGCUCAAGUCGGGAUUUGAUCGCGUGAAAAGUGACUUUAUCCGCUUCUACGAGAUUGACGAGAAAGACGUUGCCAAGGUUCACAGGGUCGUCAAGGAAUGGAUGGACCAUAUGGCCGAAGACAAAGUCUGUAAGGUUGGACAGACUGCUUUGGGCGAUCUACUUGAGCUUAUCAGAGAUCGCCUAUUGGUGGUCGAACUUCCAGAUGGAUUUGGAUCUGCGGUCGACCUUUCGAGCCAGCCUCGACCGAGUAGUCAGCCCUUGGCUUCCAGGCAACAAACUCAAGGUCCCUCCGUUUCAGAAAACCCGCAAGCACCACUAAGCAUCCCUGGCAUCAAGGUGGAAGACACAGAGGCAGCAAACGAUCAGAGCCUUCCAAGGACACAAGAGGAUUUUGUUCCGAAGCCACUACCAACAAAUCGGAAGCGACGCAUCCGUUCUGCUGAUCUUUACGACCAAAUGGCCAUUAUCGUGAGUGAGGACAACCUAGUGAAUAACGCACAGUAUUGGCUUUCAGGUGCCCCCCGCUCCCCUCUAGGCGAUACUACUCGUGACACAGGGCGCAGGAAUGAGACAUCGACCGCGCAAUUUCCCAGCAGCCCGAGCGGAGGUUUGUCUGUGACACAGGCUCAGACAUUAGCAUUGACAGAAAGACUAGACGAGGAUUGGAAGCGCAUCAUUGACAACGACAUGGCGGACUCUAUCAUGUCGUCGCUUAAGGCUAAAGGCCUGCUUGACGCAAAUAUUCCUGAACCUGCAAAGCUAUGCCAAAUUUGUCGAACAUUCAGAAACGACGUUUGGAGGCCGAUCUUCAGCAUUUCCUACACCGUGGAGCAUCUGGAACGCAAUUCCAGUUCAAACGCUUGUGGUUUAUGUAGCGUGUUGCUGAAGCUAACUCAGCAGGCUGGAAACAAAAGUCCAUUUGUCCAUCUUUCCCGGGAGCGAUCGACUAUCCUCCUGAAUAGCUACACACCAGUUGCAACUUUGUUCCGAAGUUCUGACCUGAAAACUGAAAUCGACAGUCAGAUACAAGUCGGCCUACCUACUAGGCCUUCAGCUGGCAGCACCGCAUACCUAGACAUUAUCCGGCAAUGGCUCUUGACUUGCGAUGAUUCGCAUAGUAUGUGUCGCCGAGACUCUAACAACUUCGGCAGCUCGGGCACAAGCAAGAGGUUGCCAACCAGAGUCAUUGCUGUUGGCAAGGAUGGCAACGAAAAGGUCCGUCUCAUCGAGACUGACUCCAGCAACGAGGGAGAAUGGGUAGCCUUGUCUCACCAGUGGGGUACGGGCACUCAGUUUCGUACUCUGAGAACAAAUGUUGACGCCCAUCGCGCCGGUAUCAGUAUGGAAGAACUUCCAGCGACUUUCAGGGAUUCUGUCAUCAUGACACGAGCCCUUGGUUGUCCCUAUCUAUGGAUAGAUUCUAUAUGCAUCAUCCAAGGUCCUGAUGGCGACUUCAGCCAGGAGGCAAAGCGAAUGGAACAGGUUUACAGUGGUGCAUAUUGCGUGCUUGCUGCAAGCCGCUCUCCUGGCCACUCCGCAGGCUUCCUUGGGCCGCGGAAGGAAGCCUUGAGCGUUACACUGCGUGGAGAAGGCUCAGAACCAUUCUAUCUUCGCGAGAUCAUCGAUGACUUCCAGUCCCAUGUCUUGGAAGGAUCUCUAAAUGGAAGGGGCUGGGUCUUGCAAGAGCAUGCGCUUGCACGCCGGACCAUUUACUUCACGGAACAUCAAACCUACUUUGAAUGUGGCGAUGGUGUCCAUUGCGAGUCUAUCCAACGAGCGACCUUCUUGGGCGAUCCAAACUUCCCCCUGUUGAUGAUGGAAGCCGACAGAGGUGCCAAGAUCCUUGGGUACCAAGAUCUCUACAAGCUGUACUCUGGGCUUGCUCUAACGCGCCCAUCUGACCGACCAUGGGCAAUCAACGGUCUUCAAGAACGAAUUAUCUCGGCCCUGCAGAUACAAGGACAGUUUGGUGUUUUCUUCGAAGACCGGCCAGGAGGUCGUCGCCGUGGUCUCCUUCGCCGAAGUCUACUCUGGUGUCGUUCCGAAACAGUCGCGUCUCUCGAUCGCAUCUCAUUCCCAGCCGGCUCAGGUGCUCUCAUGGUCCCUUCGUGGUCGUGGAUGGCUUACAGUGGUAGCAUCGAUUAUAUUGCGGCUGAGUUCGGCGGCACUGAAUGGGAACCCUUGCAAAGCCAAUGGGACUCUGGUGAUGAAAGAACUGAUAGCGGUGUCCUGGUAGGCCUAGCGAGAGACUACGAUGUUGAAGAUACGGACUCAAUGCUUGUUUUUGACUCGCCGCUGGAUGUCAAGAAGGCAGGGACCCUAUGCAUUGUGCUUGGAAAGCAGAAAGGGGAUAUGUCCUAUUUUGAGAAAGUCCAUUAUGUGCUACUGGUGCAACCGAUGCCGCCUUUGAGCGAUACUCGAAGGACAUCUUAUGAGCGAGUGGGUGCUGGUACUUUACUCGGAAAAUGUAUCAAGGGAGGCAAAAGGGAGGUGUAUGUUUAUUAG